AUUUUCUCCCUCCUGCUGCUGGCUACCGUCAUGGAAGAAGCUGCAGCGCCUCAGGUUGACAUCGACCCGGAUUUCGAGCCGCAGAGCCGGCCCAGAUCGUGCACCUGGCCGCUCCCUCGACCAGACUUCCCGGGAGCCGAGGGCAAAGCGGAGGAAAACGCCCCGAGUAACGAGGCAGCGGCGGCGGCGGCGGCGGCGGCAGUUACCGGGAUCAAGACGGACGCCAGGGCUGUGCCGGCGAUCCAGUCGGUGCUGGGCGUCAGUGAGAUCAGCCACCACCGCAAGAAAUCGUCCCGGAGAAAUGCAUGGGGCAACCUGUCAUACGCCGACCUGAUAACCAAAGCCAUCGAGAGCUCUCCCGAUAAGAGGCUGACACUGUCACAGAUUUACGACUGGAUGGUUCGACAUAUCCCCUAUUUCAAAGAUAAAGGAGACAGCAACAGCUCAGCGGGCUGGAAGAACUCAAUCCGACACAACCUCUCCCUGCACAGCAGAUUCAUUCGAGUGCAGAAUGAAGGCACAGGAAAAAGCUCGUGGUGGAUGCUAAACCCCGACGGAGGGAAGACUGGAAAAUCUCCCAGGAGGCGUGCGGUUUCCAUGGACAACAACAGUAAGUUCCUAAAGAGCAAGCGAGGGGCAAACAAAAAGAAAGCCACCCUCCAGACAACACAAGAAGGCAAUGAAGGCAGUCCUUCAUCACAGCACACAAAGUGGUCUGGAAGUCCCAGUUCACAUGCCAGCGAUGAAUUUGAUGCAUGGACUGACUUCAGGUCUCGUGCAAACUCAGCAGCAAGCACCUUGAGUGGUCGUUUAUCUCCCAUAAUGGCCAAUUCCGAAUUAGACGAGCUGGAAGAUGAUGACCAGAAUCCGUCUUCCCCGUUACUCUAUCCCAGUCCUUCCAGCACCUUAUCGCCAUCCGUCAGCUCACGGUGCUCUGUGGAACUGCCAAGGUUGGCUGAUAUGGCUGGCACGAUAAAUUUGAAUGAGGCGUUGACAGAGAACCUCCUUGAGGAAUUGCAGGAUAACUACAACAUGAGCCCAACGCAGCACAUUCCUUCCCCAUGCCUCCGGCAGAGAAGCUCCAGCUUCUCCUUUGGAUCCAAAUGCUCAACCAUUGGAAGUCAGACCGGUACGUACAGCACCACCAUGUACAGCCAACCGCCCGUGACCAUGUUACGACACUCGCCCAUGCAGACUAUUCAGGAGAACAAACAAGUCACUUUUUCAACCAUCAACCACUAUGGUAAUCGUAUGUUGCAAGACCUCGUGACACCUGAGUCGCUAAGGCACAAGGAGGUCAUGAUGACUCAUUCAGAUCCUUUGAUGCCUCAGGCCAGCACAGCGGUGACAUCGCAAAACCAGAGACAAAUGGUGAUGUGCAGCGAUCCAGCGUUAUCGCCAUUCAACGCCCAGUCGCCUAGAUUAAUGAAUGGCGAUCCAUUUCACCACCCUUCGCCAGCGCAGCAGAACUCUGCUGUCAGUAACGGUGCCUUAUCCAAUCCCAUUGGCCUUAUGCACAUGCACUCUGAUGCUGGUAACAUCAGCUCUGUUGCACACCAUCUCCAAAGCCAGCUCCACUCACUUGCCAACCAUGGGAUGCAAAUGGAAGCAACGGACACAAGGUUGACACCUUGCCAUGGAGGAAUUCACGUAGCUGCCACGAGUCAGGAUAAAUUCCCCACUGACCUCGACCUGGACAUGUUUCACGGCAGUUUGGAGUGUGAUGUGGAAUCUAUCAUUCUCAAUGAGUUCAUGGACAAUGAAGAGCUUGAUUUCAAUUUUGACUGUGCCGUGCCAACUCAAAACGUUGGCAUUAACAUGUCCACCCUCCCCACUGCUCCACAAACCACGAAUCAGAGUUGGGUGCCGGGGUGAAGUACUGUUGCAGUGUUUAGCAUUGUGUGAUGAAAAUUGGUUUCACAAAAGCUCCAAGACCAGACCAAAUUAACAAUUGGUUUCUUGAGUAACACAUCCUCGAAGACAGAAAUAUUGCUUUUGAUUCCUCUACCCAGGAUACACUUGGUAAUACAGUCAAAAAAGGGCAAUAAUGUGUUCCUCCUCAAAGUAGCUGUUACAGCAAUUAAAGUGAAGUAACGCUCACUUUUGGAAACAAGGCAACAAAUCCAAGGCUCCCUGAAAUUCAGAUUAUUGUCUCGGCACAAGUGAUUUAGUUAGUGUGGCUCCUACAAUCUAAAGUAAAUGCAGCUCAUUGGAAAUAGUCCCUGAAAUUAAGGCCUUAAUCUAAUGUCUCUGGAGUGAAACAAAAUAGGUUACUACUUCAGAGCUCUGUAUCUGGAGAAGUCUCUCAGAAAUUAACAUUUUAAAUUAGAGCUGAUGUGGGUGAUAUGGUAGGAUGCAAGGGGAGCUUGGUUUCUCUCUGUGCAUUGUGUGGCAAAACUAAGUAUGUUUGUUUUAAAAGGUUAUCAUAGAAUGCACAUGGAGGUUGUUUUCUAUCCAGCAUUUACCCUGCUCCCACAAAGAUUGAAGAUCUUUCUAUUGUAUACCAGCAUCUUCCAGAUUGUUUAUAUCCUCUUGUAUAGUUAACACACAAAAACAGUGUAACUGUACAUUGACUCUGGACAGAAGGUGAAAGGAGAACAGUCAAAUUAGAAGGCUGUAGUUCAGGGGCUUGUCUGGUGAAAUGUAUUCUUUUCUAGUGCUAAAUAUUAAUAUAUUUAAUCACCAGAUACCACAAGUCCUGCCAAGAAACCAGAAGCUAGUUUGGUCUGCGUCAGAAUAGUUUCUUAUUCAGUCUUGGGUUUUCAAACCACAGUUGCAUUAAAGUCACCAAAGCUUAAUUUUAUUUUUAAUGAGUUUGUUUUAUAACAACUGAAGGCAUUUUAAUACAUACAUGUAUUACUGGGGACUAGCUCAAGCAAAGGUGAAACAUGAUAAAUGAAAGGAUGUUGGGAGAGAAGGAAUUUUCUUUGACUGUAGACUGAUACAUGGUUGGAUUUUCAGAAUGCAAAGCUCCUGUGUCUCAGAAGACUUUGAUCGAAACAAUCCUUUUCAUCCAGUGGCCUCCAUCUGCUGCUUGACCGCCCUUAACAUAACUUUGUAAUAUUGUUUUCUUUCAUAGACAGGGAGUUUUAAAAUGCUUCAUAUUCUUACUGCUUUGGCAUUUAUCAUUAUUGUAUGCUAUUUUGGUCAAAAUUGUAUUUAUUUUAUUGAGGGAAAUGACGAGCUUGGUAAUGUAGAUGUUCAGAGGUUAAACCACAGCCUGGAACUUUAAUUUAUGUAGUGAUUGGGGCAUUAUUUUGUGAGAAUUUCUCUUGGGAUUCUGACACUGGCUGGCAUGUUUUGUUGUAGAGAAUGGUGGAAUCAGGAGACAGUGUGCAAACAGCUUUUGCCUGUAGUCAACUCCCCAAAUACCUGAAACUUUCUCUGGAAAGUGCCAUAAGUGAUAGUUAUAUAAGUUGUGUAUGUAAUAUUAACUUUUUAAUGUAAAGUGUAUGGAUAAUUAAAAUCAGAGAAGCCCAUUCUUAAGUGUACAUACAGGUACUGUACUGUAACUUCACCAUGUAUUCUUUGGAUGUUGAUGUGAUUAAGAUUAUAAUUUCUUUUUAUUUUUCAAAUACAAAAUAAUAUUGUAUGACAAAGGAAACCCCAGAGCACCAGUUUCUGCAUCAUUUUCUUUGAGAUUCUAAGAGUACCGGAAGAAAUUCCAGAUUAAUCAGCAGUUGUUUCAAUUAUUAUCGAAAGAUUUUAUAUUGGACAGUGAAAGAGAUUCAGUUUAAUGCUAACAUUUUGUUGGUGACUGAAAACUCAGUAUUUCCUUUUCGUUAUGAACGUCUAGCCUCAUCCACCUAGGAGCUGUCACACGAGUUCCUUCCUACUUGCACCCUUUCUCCUGUCAUUUUCAACAGGUCCUUUCUAACCACAUUUUCCCCAGCUGGAUUAUUCCACUUUGUCAGUCAAACAUCUUUUCCUCUUUCUAACCAAACAUUUUUGUUUUGGGAAACCCGGAAGAAGCAUAUUUUUUUUCAAGUAAGUCCCUCUACAAAUUUGCUCCCAGAUUUGAUCACAACCCUGUCCUGGGGACUAACCUUCAACUCCCGGUGAUUCCAAAGCAGGGCAAGCCAGUGCACAUAUAAAACCUGGGCUCCACCCUGCUAUAUUGGGAGACGCUCACUGGAUGACAUUAUAGACGCAUACAUUAUUGCACACACCUAGAAUCUACUCAUGAAUGCACAGAGGAAAACUGAUGAUUUUAGAGUGCACACUCACAAAAGAGUGAUAGUUGUUCACAGCCAUUGUGUUCUUGCUGUUUGUCAAUGUGCUAUCCAACCUAAUCUCAUUUCCUAGCUGUUGAUCCAUCGCUUUGUAGUUUACUGCGCAUAAAGGGCAUAUGUAAGUAGUUUUUAAAUACAAUCAAGUUUUUCCCAUCACUAUGCAACAAAUUCCCAGCCCCCAGUAUACUCCAGGCAGAAAUAUUUUGUGUCAACUCUCCAAUUAUUAUUACAAAGCACAUUUAACUAAUAUUGAGAUAGGAAAGUUUACCUGCAGGAAACAAUGGUCAGUUAUAAUUCUUUUUUUAUAUUUAUUCAUUUCCUGGGUUCUGGGAGCUGCUGGCAAUAGUAGCACAUAUUUCAAAUUCCAGAAUAGGAAUGUUUCAGCUGAAUCAUCUCCACUAAACAUGAAUAAAACAGCAAAACAUUGGUAAAUUUUGGACUGUUUAAAUCUUUUCCGGUGGGGCUCAAGAAGGAGAGGAAAAUUUACUAGUGAGUUAUGCAGUAGUAUUCUCUAACUCAACCAAUCAAAUCUUCCCAACCUGAUUCACCCCUGCCUCAUCACUGCCUACCUCCCAACUUAAGACAUUCACCUAAUUGAGAGAAUGAUACAGCACAGAAAUAGGCCCUUCGGCCCAACUCGUCCAUGCUGACCAAGUUGCCCAACUGAGCUAUUCCCAUUUGCACACAGAAGGCCUUGAAGUUAUCCUGUGCAAUGAUUAGUGAAUAGAAUCAUUAAAUGCAUUUGAAAUGACUUGUUUUCUCUAUAUAUGAUUGGAGAUUAGAAUUUGAUUUAACUACACAGUGCUUUGUUUAAAAUGGCACACAAGUGAAUUUGACACAGUAGCUUUUGCAUUGUGCAAUUUCAAUGUUCGAGUUGUCUUAACAACUGGACAGGAGCUUUGGGAGGGGCUGGUGGAGCCUGAGAGGCUUGGGCUUUCUCAACAUCCUGUUCUCCUUUCUAAUAAGUGUUUGUUUGGACAGUUUGACAGUGUAGAUAUAAAGAUGAUCUUUCCUCCAGCUGGGCUAUCUAGAAACAGGGGCACGAGAUGAGUAAACCCAUAGACUUCUCUAACCUAUGAUUAGUCACAGUAUAAUUUCAAGACAGAGUUCAAUAGAUUUUUGGAUAUUAAGGGAAUCCAGUGUUCAGGAUUAGUGCAGGAAAGUGGCACUGAAGUAAAAGGUCAGCCAUCAUCUGACUGACUCGUGUUACUUCCUAUCACCAAAGUAGAGGACAAGAGGCUGACCAAGUUUACAUCAUUGGUGGAAAGUUUUUGAAGGUGUGAACUUGGAGUUGAAAAAAAACAUGAAUUUUAUUUAUGGGAUCCAGAUGAACCCAUUCUGCUGCUGCUGUGAUCAUUAAGACAUAAGACCAUAAGAUAUAGGAGCAGAAUCAGGCCAUUCGGUCCUCUGGCUCUGUUCUGCCAUUCAAUCAUGGCUGAUAUUUUUCCAACUCCAUUCUCCAGUGUUCUCACCAUAACCAUUAACCCUCUUACCAAUCAAGAACCUAUUGAUCUCUGCCUUAAAUACACCCAAUGAUUUGGCCUCCACAGCCCUCUGUGGCAACGAAUUCCACAGAUUCACCACCCUCUCGCUGAAGAAAUUCCUCCUCAUCUCAGUUUUAAAGGGCCAUCCCUUUAUUCAGAAGCUGUGCCCUCGGAUCCUGGACUCUCCCACUAAUGGAAACAUCCUCUCCACGUCCACUCUCAUUAAGGUUUAACUUGUUUGCCUUAGCUUACAAAGGCCUCUUCUUCAUCUCCGAUCUGCAGCUUGUUAAGUGUCUUUAUUGAUGUCACUGGAUUCUGAACAAUAUCUGUUAAUGAGACAUGCAGGAGUUGGGUCCAUGACUCAGUUGCCUGAAUAAGAAGGUCCUGUUGAACUGUGGUAGAAGGUGGGAAACAGAACUUGCUCAGCUAUCUUAACUCUGCUCUCACACAGCCCCAUAAAUCAGGAUGGGUUAAAAUUGCAAAUCAUGAUGUCAAGUUUAAUCUUUUCUCCUCUAAUAAGUUCAUAAAAAGGUAAGAUAAUUUAAGUUGCUGAUUAACUUGGAGUCACAGUCAUGCAGCACAAAAAGAGGCCCUUUGGUCCAAAACGUCCAUGCCAACCUUUGUGCCCGUCUACUCUAAUCCCAUUUGCCCGCAUUAGGCUCAUAUCCUUCUAUGCCUUGCCUGUCUAAAUGCCUCUUAGACAUCGUGAUUGUAUCUGACUCCACCACCUCCUCUGGCAGAGUGUUCCAGAUAUCAGCCACUCUCUGUGUAAAAAAAACCCUCAGGUCCCCUUUAAAACUCACUCCUCUCCCCUUAAACCUAUGCCCUCUUGUUUUUGAUACCCCUACUUUAGGAACAAGAGUGAUUGUGGUGUUACAGGAUUUUCAGCUUUUGUGUUCCAACGCACACAUACGCAAAACAGUGCUCAAGCCACUGGUGAUGAAUUGGGUUCAAAUCUUGUCACCACACUUGUGAAACUGAAUGCUCAAUGGCUGAAUGGUCAACCCCUGUUUCUACAUACCCCAGCCAGAGGAAAGAUCAUCCCUGUAUCUACACUGUCAGGCUGUCCAAACAGAUGUGUGUGUGUGUGUACAUUCAGGAGAAGGGGCAGAGGAGCUCGCCUAGAAUGUGCUCCAAGUUUCGACUGGAGAAGCUGGGGUUGUUGUCCCUACAGCAGAAAAAACACGAGAAGAGAUUUAAUGGAGGUGUACAAGAUUAUGACAAGGUUAGAUGAGUAAAUGGAGGGACACUUUCCCAUUAGCAGAGAGUUCACAGAACUGGGGAUACUCAUUUACAAUUUUGGGUUGAAGAUACAAAGAGGAUGUGAUUAUUAUCUUUUUUUACUCAGUGAAGAGUUAUGACCUGGAGUUCCAUGCCGAUAAGGUGUUUGGGCCCAGAAUCAAUCAAUGUCUUCAAAAAUAAAUUGAAGAGGAACAUGAGAGAGAAUAAUACGCUGGGAAUAUACAGGGAAAUAAAAGGGCAUGGGACUGAUGUGAUUGCUCCACUAAGAUUCAGCAUAGAUUCGAUGGGCUGAAUGGUUGCUUUCUGUGCUAUAACAAUUCUAUGAUUCUGUGGUUACAUAAAUUGAAGGUAUAAAGAAAGUUUUUGACAAAUACUGGAGUAUCACUUAAUUAAAAAUGUAUUGGAGUAUUCACAGUACCUGGACCCUACAGAUGUUGUUAUUGAGGGAGUGCCACAUUGUCAAAGGUGCUAUUUUUUGCAUGUGGCAUUGAAUCAAGGCAUCUUACACCUUUCCUGGUUGCUCAAAUGGUCUAUGGCACCAAUGAAAGAAUACCCUGGAUUUCUGCCCUAUGUUCCUCCCUCAGCUGAUCACCACUAUGUCUAUGGGACAUUGCUGUGCAAAAAAAGCCAGUGAUGUUCUACAAAACAGUGACUGAACUUUGUAAGUAAUUUAUUGGUUGCGAGUUACUUGAAUAUGUCCAGAGGAUGCAAGAAAUGGCAAGAAUUAUUUUGCUUCAUAUUUAGAUGGACUAUCGGCUUGUGUUGUGAUAUAUAAACACAUCCCACAGUAUAUGUUUUUCUGUGUGGCUUAAGCUGGCACAUCAGUAUAGCAUUGAAGAAAAUUUACUGCAUUAUGCAAUACAAUGUUAUGACCAGCAACACAUUUUGGUGCUCCUUAAGUCUUAGUGGACUGCCUUACAUCGAAAGAAGAUCAAUAAUUUGAAUUACUGUAAAGGGUCUGUAUUGUGUUUAACACAGUUAAACUAUCACAGUAACUGUAGCAAUUUGUCCGUGAAUUACAAAUGCAGAUUUUCCUUAGUAGUUGCAUCCAGUUUUAUUUUAACAAUCUUGCUCUUCCAAAAUAAUUCUUUUAAUAAAAGACAAGCAAAAUAUCCACCAAAUUGUUUCAAAACUAUAUGAACAUGAUCUUCAUUUAAAAUUCUUAAAGCUGUGUGAAUUCUGAUUGUGACUGCUGGGAACCUUGGCAGGCAGGAUUAAUACUGGUGAAAUUAAUGGUUAAAAUGAACACCAGAACCUUAUUCACUGCUAAACUUUAUAUGAACAAAGAAAUUGCUUCCGAGUUUAUUUUCAGAUACCUUUCUGAUUUCAUUGUGGGGUUCACGAUGAGCUGCCAACCAAUGAGACUACAGCUAUUUGGAUAUUAGGAGCCAUCCUAAUUCAUAAUUUAGUCAAAUGGACAGAUAUUCAGGUGAGAUGUGGAGAACAAAAUGAAGCCAUAAACAUUUUCUCUACAAACCACAAUCAAAGGCAACUAGGAACACAGAGGGGGAGGAAUAGACCUUUGAUUAUUGACAUCAAACAGGUGUGGCACAAGUAAGCAGUAAAUCAUCCCAGCUCUAGCACCCAAGUUUGGUCCUGACCUCCGGUGCUUUCUGUGUGGAGUUUGCAGGUUCUCACUUUGACCACAUGUGUUUCCUCAGGGUUCCCCGGUUUCCUCCCACAUGUCGUUGGGUUGGUUAAUUUGCCACUGUAAAUUGCCUCUGGUGCAAGUGGGUGGUAGGAGAAUGAGUGGUCUGUUAAUGGACGUGUGGGAGAGAUUGGGUUACAGGCGAAAUAAGUGGGGCAAUGGAAUUACUGGGAUUGCUCUGGGAUUCAGCAUAGACUCGAUGGGUCAAAUGGCUUGUUUCUAUACCAUAAGGAAAUAUGAAAAGUAUGAGCAAGUGUUGACUGUUGUUUACACUUGACUACUGCACAUUCAGCCGGAGUCUGCCCUGUAGCAUAGUAUGUUUUAAAGGGAAACUUUAGAAUGCAGUUAGAUAUAGAUUGUCUGAUGAAUUAGGCAUGGAAGUGACAAAUGGGAUUUAAUCCAGAGAAGUGUGAGGUAAUUUGGAGAAGUGUAAUAAGCUAGGGGAAUAUACAAUAAUUGGAGGAUAUUGAGUGGUGUAGAGGAACAGUGGGACCUUGGAUGUGUGUCCAUUGAUCCUUAAAGGUCAGUAAGUUCAAGCUAAAAAUGAACAUGGCAUGUCUUCCUUGAAUAGCCAAGGCAGACGAUUUAAAAGCUAAAGGAUAAUACUAGAUCUUUAUUCAAUACAAGUUUGACCAAAGCUUGUGUAAUAAGAACAUUUUUGGUCACCACGUUACAGGAAUGAUGUCAUUGCACUGAAGAGGGUGCAGAUGAGAUUUACAAAGACAUAGCCAGAGCUGGAAAAUUGCAGCAAUGGAGAAAGAUUGGAUAAGUAAGGGUUUUCGUUGGAAUAGCGGAGACUGAAGGGGGACUUAACUGAAGUGUAUAAAAUAGUGAGGGGCCUGAAUAGGAUUCCCUUCAGUUAACAGAAGGGUCAAAAACAGAAGAGCAUGGAUUUAAAAUAAAGGGUGCAAGGAUUAAUGGGUAGAUGACGAAACAUCUUUUAAUCCAGAGUCUGGAACUCACUACCUGGAUGGGAAGUAGGAAAAGGAACCCUCAUUAUGUUAGUACUAGAAGAGCUGUGACCUGCAGGGCUACAAAGCUAUGAAUGGUCUCCAGAUGUGUUGUAAAUUUUCUCUGAGUCUAUGUGCAGAGUUGAAUAUAAUCAGCAACCCAAUACUCCUGGAUGUUUUUGAUACUAAAGACUAUCAGCAUCUAUUAUUGACAAAUUGCUGAGACGAACAUGGCUCCAUUUGAAUUUCUCUUUUUUUUCCCAUUUCAUCUCUUAUAAAGCUCUUGUCAUUUGCUUCUGUGAAUGGUAUUAUCUUCCAGUUCCUGCCCUUCCCCACUCAACCCAACAAAAUGGUCACUCAUUGAGAAUUAGCUGGCUGUUCAGUUGUGUGGACCACUCACUCUCUAGCAGGGUAGACACAGGAUAGCAAUUGGGAGUGGUUGUCCCAUUCUAACCCAAACUGCAGACACCAGCCAAUUCUCACCAUUAGCCCAUCUGAAAUGAGUUAAUACAGUGCAGACUAUGGUUCACAGACAACACCAAUCUUGCCUAUUUGGCUCUUGUAUUUGAGAAUGCGUUUGAACCAUCAGCACUUUUGUAUUCUUUUUGAUAUUGAGUUGUGCUGUAAAAAUAACAAAAAACCAUUACGUCUUAAAGACUGAGCAUUGAUAUUCUACUCUCUUGCAUAUCCUGCCUUAGUCCUGUGCUCCUUUACAAACCCAAUAUUUCCCGGGGAUGGGAAUAAAAUUCCAUUACCAGCUAUGCACCAGCUACUGACAUUAUCAACAUUGUCUCAAUUCUAUUUGCUUCUAUGGAAAGGACUCCACGUACCAGUGAGUUAAAUAGAAACUGAGCACCUCCAAUAAUCAAUUCCUAAUGAUGUCAACGAAUGCCUUCCAAGAUCUUCUCAGUGGAAAGGUAAAUUUAAGCAAACAAAAUCCUCCUAAUUGGCAUGCCUUCACGUUUUCGAAGAUCCAUCCGUAAUAUAUGCACUCAAACUGGAAGGGAAGGGCACCAGCUUUUGCAUUCCUUGCUUUGCAGACAGACCAUGUCAUUCCCCCUGCAGUGUAAUCUACAGGCACAGGUCUUAUGACAAACAAAUGAGAGGCAGCUCACUACCCUAGGAGCUGAGUGCCACGAAAAUUCAAAUCCUCAAUGUAAUCGGUUCUUAAGGGACAUGGGAGCGGAAGCCAUUGAUAGAGAAACAACCAGUGCUUUUAAAUGAAAGUUCAUCAAAAUUUCAUGAGGGAGCCUACUUUUUUUUCUGGAUUGGGGAAGGAGAAGUGACAGCAGAGGUGGGGUUGUUACAAGGCCAGUUUGCUAAUGGUAUGACAACCAUUGUCAUAUCAUGAAGAAGUCAUAGGUACUAGGGAUCAAAUUACACCUCUGGGUGGUACUGUUCCUUUAAUUCAAAUACUGUGAAGUGACCUAAAGUUAAGUUCAGAGAAAGUGUAUCCCCUUGCAGUUGUAUCUGUCUGUAAACCUUCUUGUAAUUCUUUAUCAGGUCAGAUUUGGUGCGCUACAGUUACUUGAUUAAGAUAUCCAUAUCUGAAUGAAUGUAUGCUUUAAGCUGUACUGAAAAGGUUCGUGAAAAUUGCAAUGUAAGGAUAUGUGUAUAGUGUACUGUACAGUGUAUUUUCAUUAAUAAAUCAUUUUAAAUAAUUUA